AUGUUAGCGGUGGGGCCCAUGGAUGCCAACCCCCGCCAGAGCGCCUUCGUGCUGAGCAGCACGCCUCUGGCUGCUCUCCAUAACAUGGCCGAGAUGAAGACAUCGCUGUUCCCUUACGCUUUGCAGAACCCGUCCACCUUCAAGGCUCCUGCCCUGAGCGGCCUGAACGCCCAGAUGCCCCUGGGCACUCCACACGGCAUCAGUGACAUUCUGGGCCGGCCCGUGGGCGCCAGCAGCAACCUUCUGGGCGGCCUGCCAAGGAUCGGUGGGCUCGCCACUUCGGCCGGCAUGUAUUUCAACCCCGCUGCGGCCGCUGCAGCCGCUGUCUCCAGGUACCCAAAGCCCCUGGCAGAACUUCCCGGCCGCCCUCCUAUCUUCUGGCCCGGAGUCAUGCAGGGCUCCCCGUGGAGGGACCCGCGGAUCGCUUGCCCUACUCAGGGCGGCCUGGCGCUGGACAAGGACGGCAAGAAGAAGCAUUCGCGGCCCACCUUCUCGGGCCAGCAGAUCUUUGCCCUGGAGAAGACCUUUGAGCAGACCAAGUACCUGGCAGGCCCCGAGAGAGCGAGGCUUGCGUACUCGCUGGGCAUGACCGAGAGCCAAGUGAAGGUGUGGUUCCAGAACCGGAGGACCAAGUGGCGGAAGCGUCACGCGGCCGAGAUGGCGUCGGCCAAAAAGAAACACGACUCGGAGACCGAGAAGCUGAAGGAGAGCUCGGACAACGAGGAUGACGACGAAUACAACAAGCCCCUGGACCCCAAUUCGGAUGACGAGAAAAUCACGCGCUUAUUGAAAAAGCACAAAUCCACAAACUUGGCGCUGGUCAGCCCGUGCAGCAACAGCUCGGACGCUUUGUGA